CUUUCAGUAUAUAUACUCACUCCUCCUUCAAUGGAGGCAUCAAGAACAAGAACAAAAACAAUGGAGGUUUUCAAUCCAACUGACUAUUCUUCUCUUUAUAUGGACGCAUCAAGAACAAUGGGGUUUUUCAAUCCACUCAUAGCAUCACUUGCCGUAUAUAUCUGGAGGCAUCAAGAACAAUGAGGGUUUUCAAUUUAACUGACUAUUCUUCUCUUCCUCCUCUUUCUAUGGGGGUUUCAAUCUCCUCUCAUCUCCUUCUUCCCUAUCUUUCAAUCUACCCAAGAACCCCAACACAACUGUAUACUAAAUUCAACCUUCCUCAAGGGUUCUGUAAAAUCUUAAUCUCUUUCCGAUGAUGGAGUUUUACUGGUUAUGUGGAGUUCGAAUAUUUGGGUUAUUAUGCUGAGAAGGUAACUGAGUCUUGGGUCGAUUACUGACUUAGAAGGAAUUGAGAUCCGUGUGGAUGAUUGAAGUUAAGCUUCAUUCAAGAAGCUUGAUAUCAAACGGUAUUCUUUAUGGUUAAAUGUGAAUGAGAUUUUCCAUCGUCUGGGAGUAUUUACCAUCAACUUGGCUUCAUUAACAAGAAGCUUGAAACUCUUCAUUCUUGUUUGGCCUUGUGUGGAGGACCAUCUCUGAGACAGGUACUUCCGUCUAGAUUUAGUGACUCUGUUCUCGAUAAUUGGAAGAAAGAGAAGAGUAAAACUACUGUAAAAGAAUCAACUUUGGACCCUGAAUUUAAUCCGUGUAGAGAAAAGGGUAGCUUGAAAAACACCAAACGUGAAAUUGGAACUAAGAAGCGUGUGGAUGACAGGGUAAAUUACCAAUGUUGUGUGUUUUCGCCCGAUGGAACAGUAGAAAUUGGGUAUAAUGGGAAACGCUUUAUUUCGUUUCGUUCCCGUUCUUCAUUUCCUUCUUCUCGAAUCCAAGGGGGGACUUCUCAUAUUUAGAAUCUUUCUGCGGUGUGCUCCGUUUACUAUUCUUUCGUACUUUCUUCUUUUUACCACGCGAUAGGUUGGGUCAAAGCGAUUAGAUAGUAUUCCGUAUUCUACUUCCUGCAGUACAUUAACAUCAUUACACGAGUGAUUGGGAGAUGCCAACACACUUGAUGGGGAGUUUGAUGAAGCUAUAGAUUUAAGCGGAACUGAUGCAAUGGUGAAGCGGGAGGGAGGGAGGAGAGCUUAUAUGUUUGGUCAUGAGGGUUUUAAUUCAGGUGACAUAGUUUGGGGACAUUGUCCUGCUUGGCCGGCAAUUGUACUUGAUUCAGAAACACAAGCUCCUCAAUUAUCGUGUUGCUGGAACAGUAUGUGUCAUGUUCUUUGGCUACUCUGGAAAUGGCACGCAAAGGGAUUAUGCAUGGAUUAGACGCGGGAUGCUAUUUCCAUUUAUGGAACAUGUAGACAGGUUGCAGGGGCAGACUGACUUGAACGACAGCACGCCUGCUGAUCUUCGCUCUGCCAUAGAAGAGGCGUUUCUUGCUGAAAAUGGUGUUGUUGAGAUGUUGAUGAUUGAAAUAAAUGCAGCAGCUGGUAAUCUAGAUCAUCUCCGGUCUCUUCCCCGAGGAGUAUUCGAGGCCUGUGAUUCAAAUCAGGACCAAGAGUGUAACUCUCCAAGCCAGGCACGUUUCUGUUGAGUAAAUAAUUGGUGUUGUAGUGUCUAGUUAAUUUCCUUGUUCAGCUGCAUUAAUUUGUUCCCCAUGAAUGCUCUUGUAUUUCCAGUUGUUGCAAGUCUUUGUACUAUUGUAGAGAAAUUGUUUUUACUCAUGGACUCUUGGUUUACUCAUUGUUUCUUGUCUUGUCUCUCUGACUGGCUUUGACAGUGCUCCAAUUCUACUGCUCAAACUUCUUUGCAACAAAAGAUAAAUAAGGAAUAGAUAGAAUUUGUUAUCUGGAUGCUUCCUCCUUUUCUAGGUUUUACUCAUAGUUUCUGUUUUACUUUCUUAAUUAAGAACUUACCUCAACAGAAUGUCAAUUUUCUGAGAAAUUUAUUGAAAGAAAGGACAAGUAGUGACACAGGCUA